AUGGACUUGAAAAAAAAAGAAUUCCAAAGAGUUGCCAAACUCAUCUCAAUGUUGAAUGAUGACCACAAUGAUCGACCAAUGCCUCAAAGUUCCGUACUUCAGCGGAAUAUUCAUGUGUCAUAUGUAGUGAAGUUUGAAGAACGUACGAUGCUGCACGAAUUAUCAUGUGGCUACGUAUUCCACUUCCAGUGUUCCAAACUCUGGUUGAAAGAGAAAGCAUCCUGUCCCUUCUGUAGGAAGGAGGUUGCCAGCGCCCACGUCAAGGAUGUGGUAUGUAAAAAUUUGCGUGAUGCUUCACGGAAGAGGUAUAUGAAGUUGAAACUCACCACUAUCUCCAAUUUUAAUGAAAGAUUUUGA